UCAAGGAAAACCAGUCACCACUCAACCGGCAUCUGGGGCUACGUCUUUUCCUGAAAAAGUUUACGACGAUCAACGAUGCGUUGGUGUUUAUUCGCGCUGUGGGUGUUCGGCGUGGCCACUGUGGUCACGGCUGCCGAGGAGCCUCAUCAUGACGCUGCGCCACAGACCGACAACGAAGUGGACUUAACAGAAGAUGACAAGAGAGCCUGGAGCAGCCUGCACAGUGGAUGGGCUAAACGCGCCUGGCAAGACAUGAGUUCGGCAUGGGGCAAGCGCGCAUGGCAGGACCUCAACUCAGCAUGGGGCAAGCGCGGAUGGCAGGACUUGAACUCAGCUUGGGGCAAACGCGCAUGGCAGGAUCUUAACUCGGCAUGGGGUAAAAGAGGCUGGCAAGAUCUGAACUCUGCAUGGGGCAAGCGCGAUGAUGAUGAGGCUAUGGAGAAAAAGAGUUGGCAAGAUUUGAACUCCGUUUGGGGGAAACGUGCCUGGCAAGAUCUGAACUCGGCCUGGGGCAAGCGCGCUUGGCAGGAUCUGAAUUCCGCCUGGGGAAAGCGAGGAUGGAAUGAUAUGAGCUCUGCUUGGGGCAAACGUGCCUGGCAAGACUUGAACUCUGCUUGGGGCAAACGCGCUUGGCAGGAUAUGAGCUCUGCUUGGGGAAAACAGGCACCUGAGAAGUGGGCAGCAUUUCACGGUUCUUGGGGCAAGAGGUCCAGCAUCGAACCGGAUUACGAAGAAAUUGACGCCGUAGAACAGCUCGUUCCUUACCAGCAGGUUCCUAACGAAGAACACAUCGACGCUCCUGAGAAAAAGGCCUGGUCAGCCCUCCACGGAACCUGGGGCAAGAGACCGGUCAAACCUAUGUUCAACAAUGGCGCUUAUUAUUUGAAGAGGGAACCUAGCUGGACAAAUCUGAGGGGUGCUUGGGGGAAACGAUCGUCGAAGCCCGAGGACGCGCUGGAGGACGAACACAGCGCUACCACGAACGAGGCCUAAAAACGACGAAAACAUAAAAAUCUAAAUAAGAAUAAUUAAAAUAUUUAUAACCAUAUCUAUAUUAUGAUAACGCGUGUCUGUUAGUUUGUAUUCCGCGGUAGUUCGCAUCGAAGGAUCUAUUGUUAAAUUGAAAAAACACUGUAAUUUUUUCUUGAAAAUUGACUAUAUUUCUGAAAUUAUCAUUCGAUAAAUGACGAUCUGUUUUAUCUACCAAGUACAUAAUAUAUACUGUUUGAAGAACAUGAUAACCAAUCCUUUAUGAUAUUAGUUAUUGGCGUAACCACUCGUAAAAUUUAAAUAUUUAGCUACUAAUCGAGAUAUUUUGAUUGAUUGAUUAAUCCAAUCUUAUUUUAAUUUUCUAUUACAUCUACAAAUAGAUUUAAUAAUUUGGACUAAAAACAAAAAAGAUCAGAAUACAUAAAAUAAUAAUUGUAAGUCAAAUGUGUGUGAAAAAAUAAAAUGGAUAAAUUCAUAUUUCAAAAUAACAAAACUUUACCGUCUUCUACGAAUAUCAUUCACACACGAACAUUAUUAUAACAUUAGAUCUAUUUUAUCGAUUUAAAAUCGAAACUACUGGAUCUCAGAUUAUCGGCCCACAUAUUAUAAUCUCUGGCUAUAACCAUUACAGAUUAAGUUCAGUUCGCCCCAUCAAUAACAAAAACAAUAUUUCAAACUAAAAAAAAUGAUUAAGCUAGAUUGAUAUUUGAGAUGUAACUAUAGUUAGUUUAUAAAUAUAUUGAAUUGUAUUUAAGUCGUGUUGUAUUUUAAAGCAAGGCUUCAAUUAUUUGUUGUGUCCAAUAUAUAUUAUUCGGAAGCCGAAA